CCAAACCCACAUGGGUUUGGAGUGUGAAACUCUAAAAAAACACACACACUGUCCAAGAUUUAGAUGCUCAGGGAAUUAAGAAAUUGAAAGAAGAAUGGAUUCUCAGUUCUUCACCCUCCAUUUUCUUGAUCAGCGUUUGUAGAAGCUUCGGGAACAGCAGAAGAAUUAAUGAUAAUUUUUGUGCUGUUUACUAGAGGAGUUGAAGAAACACAAGAAGCUAAACUAGGCUAGGCUACAAAGUUGUUCACAUAUGAUGGCUUCUAUGCUUUCUGUUUUUGUCUGGUCUCUGCUCUUUAUCUUCUCUGUUUCUCCGGCAUGCUCAACGGCGGCACACGGUCUCCGGCCACCCAAUAAUCAGACUUUCCGGUCCGGCUAUGAGGCGAGGAAGAUGAGAAUGGUUAGAGCUCAUCUUAACACCAUCAAUAAGCCUGCUGUCAAGACAAUACAGAGUCCUGAUGGUGAUACAAUAGAUUGCGUUUUAACUCACAAACAGCCAGCAUUCGAUCAUCCACUAUUAAAGGGUCAGAAACCAUUGGAUCCGCCAGAACUUCCAAAAGGGCACAAUUACUCGGACCAAGAAUUCGAAGAUUUUCAGGUUUGGAAGCUGUCUCGAGAAUCAUGCCCAGAAGGAACAAUCCCUAUAAGAAGAACAAGUGAACAAGAUAUGUUAAGGGCUAGUUCUAUCCGAAGAUUCGGCAGAAAGAGAGCAAUUCGUCCGCCUAUUCGAAGAGACACCUCCACCUACCAUGAGCAUGCAGUUGGGUAUGUAAAUGGAGAUAAAUAUUAUGGGGCAAAAGCAAGUAUAAAUGUGUGGGCACCUAACGUGGCCAAUCGACAAGAAUUUAGCUUAUCACAAAUGUGGAUCAUCUCUGGUUCAUUUGGUAGAGAUCUCAACAGCAUUGAAGCUGGUUGGCAGGUUAGUCCAGAGAUUUACGGAGACAGCCGUCCAAGAUUCUUCACGUAUUGGACGAGUGAUGCAUACCAUACAACUGGGUGCUACAAUUUGUUGUGUUCUGGCUUUGUUCAGACUAAUCGUAGGAUAGCCAUUGGAGCUGCCAUAUCCCCAACAUCUUCCUAUAAUGGACGCCAAUUUGAUAUCAGCAUCCUAAUUUGGAAGGAUCCGAAACAUGGACACUGGUGGCUACAAUUUGGGUCAAGGGUGUUGGUAGGAUAUUGGCCAUCUUUCUUGUUUACACACCUGAGGGGGGCAGGAAGCAUGGUACAAUAUGGAGGGGAGGUUGUGAACAAGAGGCCCUCAGGCUUUCACACCUCAACACAGAUGGGGAGUGGGCAUUUUGCAGGAGAGGGUUUUGGGAAGGCUUCUUAUUUUAGAAAUCUGCAAGUGGUUGAUUGGGACAAUUCCUUAAUUCCAUUGUCUAACCUUAAACUCACUGCUGACCAUUCCAACUGCUACGACAUACGAGGAGGGAUCAAUCGAGCUUGGGGAAAUUACUUCUUUUAUGGAGGACCAGGAAGAAAUUCAAGAUGUCCCUAAUUAAUUUAAAGGUUUUUUUUUUUUUGAGCAAGUAUUGAUUUUGGUCCAUGAGUAUUAACAAAAUGAUAGCUUUGGUUUACAUGUUUAAUUACUACUAAUUUUUAUCCGCGAUUAUUGUUUUCGUGCCAAAAUUGAUCAUGUCGAUCACUCCUAACUAAAAUAUGCUGAAAUGUGUAAUUUCUAAGGGUAUAUUUGUCCAUUCAUUUAUUAACAAUGGUUAGUAUAGACAAAAAUAUCCUUAUAAAUUACUCAAUCCGGCAUGUUUUAGUCGGAUGAGUGACCAGUGUGAUCAAUUUUGAAAGAAAAAUAAUAAUCGUGGAUAAAAAUUGGUAGUAAUUAAACAUGUGGACUAAAACUAUCAUCUUGCUAAUAUUCGUAGGAUCGAAAUUAGUAUUUGCUUCUUUUUUUUUUUUUUUGGGUUCCAAGUUUUGGGUGUGAAUGAGCUUAGGAUAUUCUUUGUAUUGUCGGAUUUUCGCUCUGGCCAGUGAUCCAUUAAUCACGAGCAUACAAAAUGUAGUUAAAUGUGUAAAAUUCGUUAUUAUUAUAUGAAGAAAACAGUGAAUAUAA